AUGAAGGGCCUCUUACUGUGUGCGCUCGCACUUGCGUUUGCUGUGGUGACCACCGACGCCCAGCGCUGCGGCAAGCAGGGCGAUGGCAUGGAGUGCCCCAACAACCUCUGCUGCAACAAGGAUGGGUACUGCGGCCUGGGCGUCACCUACUGCAAUGCUGGCGCCGGCUGCCAGAGCGGCGCCUGUUAUGACAACAAGAUCUGUGGCGCGCAGGCCGGUGGCGCAUUGUGCCCUAGCAACCACUGUUGUAGCUCAGGUGGUCGUUGCGGCUACGGCAGGGAAUAUUGCAGCAACGACUGCCAGAGCGGUCCUUGCUGGGAUCUCAAGUGUGGCCACCUGGCCAAUGGCAGGCCCUGCCCCAACAACCUCUGCUGCAGCCCAAAUGGUACAUGUGGCCUAGGACCGGAGUACUGCGGUGCUGGCUGCCAAAACGGCGCCUGCAGCACUGACAAGCCGUGUGGCAACAAAGCUAAUGGUGCACCAUGCAACAACAACUAUUGUUGCAGCCAGUAUGGAUCUUGUGGACUCGGCCAGGAUUACUGUGGUGCCGGCUGCCAGAAUGGCUCAUGCAACUAG